AUGGGGGAGAACUUCCUCACCUGGGUCAGAGUCACCAAGGUAGACUGGCAGCGAUCGAAGAAUGGCGCUGCCCACCACACCGAGGAUUACCCCUGCUCUGAGCUGGUGGUUCGCAGGGGCCAGAUGUUUGACCUGACGCUGGAGGUGAGCGGAGUCCUGGACAGCGAGGAGGACUUCAUCUUCACAGUGGAGACAGGGCCCCGGGCUUCUGAGGCCUUCCACACCAAAGCCGAGUUCCAGACAUCAGAGGUGCAGGUGAGUGAUGCCUGGGCUGCCGUGAAGGAGGAGCAGACAGAGAGCACCGUGGCCAUUAGCCUCACCAGCCCACCGGAUGCCGUCAUCGGCCGCUACCUGCUGAGUGCCAGGGCCUGCUCCCGCCGCAGGCACAGCGACCGGAAGCUGGGCGAGUUCAUUCUCCUUUUCAACCCUUGGUGCCCAGAGGAUGAUGUGUUCCUGGACUCAGAGGAGGAGAGACAGGAGUACGUGCUCAACGACAGUGGCGUCAUCUUCCGCGGCGUGGAGAAGCACAUCCGGGCACAGGGCUGGAACUUCGGGCAGUUCGAGGAGGACAUCUUGACUAUCUGCCUCACCAUCCUGGACCGCAGCCCCUGCCACCAGGCCUACCCAGCUACUGACGUGUCGCGCCGCUAUGACCCCGUCUAUGUCACCAGGGUCAUCAGCGCCAUGGUGAACAGCAACAACGACCGGGGCGUGGUGCAAGGCCAAUGGCAGGGCAAAUACGGUGGUGGCACCAGCCCACUGCACUGGAGCGGCAGCGUGGCCAUCCUGCAGAAGUGGUUCAAGGGCAGGUUCAAACCAGUUAAAUAUGGCCAGUGCUGGGUCUUCGCUGGAGUCAUGUGCACAGUCCUCAGGUGCUUGGGGAUCGCCACCCGCAUCGUGUCUAACUUCAACUCGGCCCACGACACGGACAAGAACCUGAGUGUGGACAAAUAUGUGGACUCCUUUGGGAGGACCCUGGAAGACCUGACAGAAGACAGCAUGUGGAAUUUCCACGUCUGGAAUGAGAGCUGGUUUGCCCGGCAGGACCUGGGCCCCUCUUACAAUGGCUGGCAGGUUCUGGAUGCUACCCCCCAGGAGGAGAGUGAAGGUGUGUUCCAGUGUGGCCCAGCCUCUGUCACUGCCAUCCGUGAGGGUGACGUGCACCUGGCCCACGACAGCCCCUUCGUGUUUGCGGAGGUCAACGCCGACUACAUCACCUGGCUGUGGCACGAGGACGAGAGCCGCGAGCGUGUGUACUCAGACACCAAGAGGAUCGGGCGCUGCAUCAGCACCAAGGCGGUAGGCAGCGACUCCCGCGUGGACAUCACAGGUCUCUACAAGUACCCAGAAGGGUCGCGGAAGGAGCGACAGGUGUACCGCAAGGCCGUGCGCAAGCUGUUCAGCACCGAAGCCCGCGGCAGGCGGGGGCGGGGGCGCCGGAGCAGCGGGCGUGGUCUCUGGCGCGACGCCCUCCUGGAGCCCCCCAGACAGCCCAGCGUCGCCGGCAAGUUCAAGUUGCUGGAGCCCCCUGUGCUGGGCCACGACCUGAAGCUGGCCCUGUGUCUGGCUAACCUCACUCCGCAGCCCCAACGCGUCCGAGUCAAUAUAAGCGCCGCCACCAUCCUCUACACCCGAAGGCCUGUGGCUGAGAUACUGCAGGAAUCUCACGCAGUGAGGCUGGGCCCUCAGGAAGAGAAGAAGAUCGCCAUCGUGAUCACUUACUCCCAGUACAAAGAGGACCUGACAGAAGACAAGAAGAUCCUGUUGGCUGCCAUGUGCCUUGUCACCAAAGGAGAAAAGCUCCUGGUGGAGAAAGAUGUUACCCUGGAGGACUUCAUCACCAUCAAGGUGCUUGGUCCUGCCAUGGUGGGAGUGGCAGUUACAGUGGAGGUGAUGGUGGUGAAUCCCCUGUGGGAGACAGUGAAGGACUGUGUGCUCAUGGUGGAGGGGAGUGGUCUUCUCCGAGGACAACUCAGCAUCGACGUGCCCAGCCUGGAACCCCAAGAGAAGGCCUCAGUCCAGUUCAGCAUCACCCCUUCCAAGAGUGGCCCAAGACAGCUGCAAGUGGACCUCGUCAGCUCCCACUUCCCGGAUGUCAAGGGCUUUGUGGUUAUCCACGUGGCCACAGCCAAGUGA